CGCAAAUUUGCUAUGCCGCCGGUUAAAGUGGCGUGUCUGUCUUGUCGAUCACGGCGCAUUCGCUGCGAUGGGCAAGAAAAAUGUUCCAACUGCGUUGCCAAAGACAGGCCGUGUCUCUACGUCCCUAGUAACCGGGGCGGGCCGCGCAAUUGCCAGAAUCGCAAACGGAGGAAGACCGGGGACACGCCUCCUUCUCCGAUGUCGCUGUCGGAUAUCGUAGUAUCCAGUGAGGACGACGGUAUCCAGCAGUUGUCUGGGUUGGACGCUGCGUUGACCGGAUGGGGAUCCGACGAAGAUGAUUUGUAUAGCCAGUUAGUGAGUAUGAGCGAGCCCGGAGCUGGACUCCGGAGUGUGGACAGCUCUAUAGAGGAAGUGGGACAGAUCUUCGACUGUAUAUUUUCUGCAGAUGAGACGCAUGCCCCUGCCGAGCCAGAACAAUCGGUCUCGGACAUGGUACAAGUAUACGGGAGCAACGAGGACAUAAUUGACGCCUACUACGUCUUCAUCCACAUCUACUACCCGAUCCUGCCGCCUCCAGAACGCCUCCCCGUCACCAACCGCCCCCUUAACGUCAAGUCUCCAUUCCAACCCACCAGCCCGUUGAGUCUCGCCAUGGCAGCUCUCCUGGUGCUCAUUCCCCGUCCCGACGUAAAGCAGGCCUCAGAAGCGGAAUACACCAAGCUCCGUAGAGAUCUCGCGCAGAGCUUUGCGCAGUCCGCUUUGGACGCCGUUGAGCAGGAUUUGGAACUCCUCGACUCGUCGUCUGAUCCGUCCAAGGCUCUCUCUGAAGGAGCGCCGCAGUUGACUCGACCGCCUCUACAUUCGAAACUGCCUGUCUCGCUAGAAGCCGUGCUGGCACUGGUGCUCCUCAGCACGUAUGAGUAUGCGCAACGCGGGAAUAUUCGGAAGUUGUGUAAUCGCGCUGGUCAGGCUCUUACGGCUGCCAUGAGCGUGUCAUUGCAUGAGAUGGUCGAGGAAGAUGAGUUUUCCGAGGCGAGGAAGAGGGCUUGGUGGAUGACGUAUAUUACAGUUUGCCAAGGAUCCAUAGUCAGUGGAGUGCCUGCUGCGAUCAAUGUGUACGAUCCUCGAUUCGUGACGCCAUAUCCCAAGGGAUGGAAACUACUUAUCGAGGCGCAACAAACAAUCUUAGAAGCAACAACCUUCGUCCACGAUCUUAACGAAACGGCCAAAUCGCGAUUUCAAGCCUCGUGGAUCCCCAGUCGCAUGACGCAACUCGAUGCCCAAAUCACCCAGCUCCUGCUCAUGUGCAGAGAAUGCACCUCAUUAACACCCAACACACUCGUUCCGAUCACCGACUCCCCCGAUCAGCUCGCACUACAAUCAAUACGUCACAUUGCCGAAAUCAAACUCCACAGCUCGAGAAUCAAAAUCCACCGCUUCUGCGCCUUCAGCGACAUCCCCAUCUUCCGCAGACGCCACUGUGACCUCGACUCAACAGCCAGUCCUAGCCCACAAUGUUGCGGUCUCGCAACACCAACCACCUCCACAGAGCACGCAUCCGCUUCCUCCCCAGGCAGCGCAUCCCUAGCCUCCUCCUCCACAGCAGCAGCAGCAACACCGCCACCACCACCCCUCGGAUUCCCCUUCUCCUCUCACGAGUCCUCCAAAAUGUGCCUCCAAGCCGCCCUCAACAUCGUCCGCCUCCUCGACAACCUCCCCUACCCGAACCCAGAUAGCACCGUCCCGCUCACCUCCCCGCCUUACAUGUCUGCUAGCUCCCGUGUUGAGAUCCCCCGCACGAUGCCGACCUUCGCGUGCUGCAUCAUGCAGGCUAGCUACGCUAUGCUGAUGGUGUAUAUGAAGGCUCGGCCCAUGCACUCGAACGGAGCAGACGCGCUUGACUCAUCCAAGGGCCGUGCUUGGAUUGGGCUUGUGAAUGAGCUGCAGCAGAAUCUGCGCGUCGUUUCGAAGACUUUGGCUAAUUAUGCUAUUGCGUCGGAGGCGCUCCGCGGGAUGAAAGAUGAGGUAUCGCAUUGGGUGUUUCUGGACGGUUGAUGAUGCCCCUGUUAUGGAUUGGUCGCGCUAUUUGCGCGGGAUCUAUUUGGCAUUCUUGUAUAGUAUUAUCAUUGUGUGUUUAGCGAUCUGUUUCGGGUCUGUUUCUGUGAUGUCUGG